AUGAGACGGUCAGCGAGGCAGAAGCGACCCGUGUCCGCCCCAGAGCCUGCCCAGGAGUCACCAGCGCCCAAGAAGGCCAAGGCGGCGCGCACCAAGGUCGCGCCUGCAGUGCAUACGAAGGCCAAGGCCGUUCUUGUCGUGCUGCCCGGCGCCUCGGGCUCGUUCAGCAAGGCCAUGCACGACCUGGUGCUUUCGCAGCUAAGCGACGUCGUUAUACACAACGCAAUCGACGAGCGUCGGCGCUGGAACACUCGAAAGGCAGCCGCGCCAGCCAACUUUGAGCUCGUUCGCAGCUGCUGCCCCUCGACAGCCGACCUCGCGACCUACGGCGUCGACACGUUCUACGUCUUUGCCCAUAGCUUUGGCAACCGUGUGCUCUGCGAGAUGCUUGGUGCUGGCGCGCUACGAGACGUUUGCGGUGUCAUUCUCUCGGGCUUCCCGCUCUACGGUCCCAAGAACAACGAUGAGCGUGUGGUCCAGCUACGCCUUUUACCGGCGACAACACCGGCAUUGGUUCUCAGUGGCGACGCCGACGACUUCUUGCAUCGGCCUUAUCUCGACACUGCGGGUGCUGCGCUUCUCCAGGCAACGCUUGAGGCCCUCGCACAUCCAGCCAUCGACGUCGUGGUCUUGGAGAACGCUGGCCACGAUCUGCCCAAGACAAAGGGCAAGGACACCGCCGCAGCUACUGCAACACGCAUGAUCGAGUCCAUCGCGAGCUUUCUCACGACGCACCGUCCCGUGUGAGGCAACGUUGGCUUGCACGGACCCCUUUUUGUCCCAUGCCACGGCACUUUAACUCGUUUAACGUGUGACGUGGCACUCUGUGCGCGUUUUGCCUCUGUG